AAAGCAGUCGUCGUCAUUUCCGGGGUUUCUGUGGCGGGAUUGUGCAGUGUCGGUCCACGGUAACGAUGCCCCGUGUGCUGAACGCUAUUGUGGCCGUGUGCCCAGACCGGGGCAUCGGCAACAAGGGAAACCUGCCAUGGCACCCUAUUAGGCUCAGUAAGGAAUUUGCGCAUUUCCGAAAGAUGACAGCAACUCCGUCAGUGAAAGGCAAGCAGAAUGUGGUGAUCAUGGGCAAGAAGACGUGGUACUCUAUCCCAGAGAAGAACCGACCUCUGAGCAACAGAAUCAACAUUGUCCUCAGCAGGGAGUGCAAAGUGCCCCCUGCAGGAGCACACUACUUGGCGUCAGACUUCAGCUCAGCUCUCAGGCUAAUCGACACAGAACUGGCUGAUCAGGCCGAUCAGGUCUGGGUUAUAGGAGGCAGUUCUCUCUACAAGGAGAUGAUGGGGAGCACUGGAAUGAGAAGACUGUUUGUCACUCAAAUUCUGAAGCAGUUUGAGUGUGACACAUUCUUACCUGAGAUCAGUCUGGACAAAUAUCGUCUACUGCCAGAGUUUCCAGAUGUACCACAAGAGUUGCAGGAGGAGAAUGGGAUUCAGUACCGAUUUAAAGUCUAUGAGAGCAUCCAGGAAUGAAGAGGCAACACAGAAAUAAAAAAAAAAAAAGCUGACGUCAUUUGUAAAUGAUCACCAUUAUGUAAAUGCUGGACUUACUGUUUGGAACAGACGGCGGAAAACAAAACAAACAAACCUGUGUUAAGUAGUACUGGAACUGACCCACCAUACUUCACAGGUGUGAGGGAAGUGAUGCUGGGACCAGAUCUAGUUUGAUUUGAGUUUGUUCAGUUUUCUUCAAGCAACAAAUGAGCUUGGAAAAGGAGGAGGCAUGUAAGGGGAUAUUCUCUGAUCUCUCGCUGUGUUCAGAUAUAAAUAAAUAUGUCACAUCUAAUUAAACAAAAUAAAGUACAACCAUGGCUUUUGGAAA